UUGCUCUUAAAGUUGGUUCGGUUCUAAUAAGAUUUUUUUAAGUGAUUUUCAAGUGAUUCUACAGUUUACUUAGAAAUUAAAGAAGAUAAGCUACAGCUAUGACUGAAACUGCUAAUCAAGGCUCCAGGCCAGAUUUUAUUAGAAAUAUUUGUAUUUUAGCACAUGUUGAUCAUGGAAAAACUACUAUAGCUGAUUCAUUGGUAGCCAGCAAUGGGCACAUAUCAAAGAGGAUUGCCGGAAAUGUAAGAUAUUUAGAUGAUAGAAAGGAUGAGCAGGAGAGAGGCAUUACUAUGAAGAGCAGUGCUAUUAGCUUGUCAUACACAAAUGAGAAUAAAGAGAACAUGGUAAUAAACUUGAUUGAUACUCCAGGCCAUAUUGAUUUCUCGACUGAAGUUUCUGCUGCUAUUAGAAUUUGUGAUGGGGCUUUAAUUGUAGUUGAUAUCAUUGAAGGAGUUUGUGUUCAAACUAGAGAGGCUUUGAAGCAGGCUUUUGAGGAGAAGAUUAAGAUGAUUUUGAUAAUAAAUAAAGUAGACAGAAUGAUUGUAGAUCUUCUCAAGCCGAUUGAUGUAAUCUUUCAAAGUAUUCUGCAUAUAAUUGAAGAUUGUAAUGCAUACAUAUCAGAACUUUGUAAGUAUGAUGUGCAGAGUGAUGUUAAUGAAGAGAAUUAUAUGUUCUCUCCAGUUCUGGGUAAUGUUAUAUUUGCAAGUGCUAUUGAUGGAUGGGGUGUAACAACAAAACAAGUUGCUAGCAUGUUUCUUAACGUAUUUCCUGAUGAAGACGCUGAUAGUUUAAAUAAAAAGAUGUGGGAUUUUGAUUUUUAUGUCAGUAAAGGAAAACUCGUCACAGGAGCAAUUGGUAAAAAGAAACCUAACAUAUUUAUAACAUUAUUUCUUAAUACAAUUCACUACGUUUACUUCACAUUGCGAAUUCGUUUGGAUCGUGCUAAAUAUAACACGAUUGUUACCAAGUUGAAUAUUAAAAAAGAAACAUCUGAGAUGAAACAUACUGAUUCUAAGAUUCAAGUAAAGGCUAUUCUCCAAGCCUGGAAGCCUUUGGCUAUGACUAUAUUUCAACAAGUCAAUGAAUUUAUACCUCCACCCACUAAGGUAGAUCCUCAAAGAUUUAACUAUCUGAUUAAUUCCACUCAGUACUUUGGUAAUACUGAAAUGAUUUCAUACACUGAAAAAAUGAUAGACAACUUCAAGAGGUGUGCUGAGCCUGAAAUCCCAACUGUGGUUUAUGUAUCAAAAAUGUUUGCAGCCAGUAAGAGAAUGUUGAAUCAAGAGAAAGCUAUCAAUAUUGUAACAGGUAAAAGGGAUAGAAAUGAAAUUAUAAAUGAAAUGAAAUUAGAUGAGAUGGCGGAGAAAGAAGAAGAAAAGGAAGAUUCUAAAAAUGAAGAGGAUUUGAGCGAAGACGAGGAGAAUUAUGAUAAAACAAAUGAUUCGACUCAUUUGUAUGGAGUAUUGGCUUUAGCUAGAGUAUUUUCUGGAGUUUUGCGAACCGGACAAGAGAUUUAUAUUCUGUCUUCCAAGUAUAGACCACCUGGUAAAGAUGUCGAUGGCGAAGAGUACGCUGAGCAUUGCGAAUUCAUCCAAAAAGUCAAAAUAAAGCAACUGUAUGUGCUUUUGGGUAGGGAACUUACAGCUGUAGCGUCAGUUUCAGCAGGAAAUAUUUGUGGUAUAUUAGGGUUGGAAAAGUUUAUUGCAAGAACAGGUACUCUCUGCAGUACUUUGUAUGCUUUACCAUUGACAGAACGAAUUACAUUGGAGCCUAUUGUAAGAACAUCUAUUGAAUGUCAUAAUCCAAAGGAGUUACCACUCUUGAGAAAAGGUUUGAAGUUCUUAAAGAAGAUAGAUUCUUGUGUCCAAGUAGCUAUGCAAGACAGUGGAGAAUUGGUUCUUGUUACCGCUGGAGAUGUUCAUUUAGCCAAAUGUAUAGAAGAUAUCCAAAAUAUGGUUGCGAAAAUUGAUAUUAACGUUUCAAAACCGAUGGUUUCUAUUAAAGAAACUAUCAUUAGUUUGAGCAAACGAGUGGACCACACCAAGACUUCUCCGUUCACAAUAGAAAUGAAUUUAAAAGAUAUCGGGUUGAUCUUGAACGCCACUAUAGUUCCUUUACCAGAAAAUAUCGUUCAAGCUAUUUGUAGCAACUUUGAGCUUCUUAAAUUAAUCGAGGAAUUUCAAUGUAAAUCCGGAAUCGAUCUAAUCCUGCAGUACGACAAUGGAGGUGAUUUACCAGUAUCAUCAGAAAAGAUUUACAGUAAUGAAAUAUUGAUGCAACGAGUUAAAGAACAGCUGAAAUCGGCGUUUGAGAGCUGCAAAUUCGGCGAUAUGUGGAAGAAAGUCUGGAGCAUAGGCAAGAAGAGAGAUUACAUAAACCUGUUGAUCAAUAACACAUCAGAUUACAAACGAAAUAUUUUUGCUACCAUGGAUGAAGCUGAUGUCAGAGCGUGUUUAGAUCAUUGCAUCAUCAAUGGAUUCGAUAUGUGGUGUCGAGCCGGUCCAAUAUGCGAAGAGCCUAUCUCGCACUGCGCAGUUAUUAUCAAUGACUAUCAAUUAAAUAAUUACGAUGCGUUGAAAGGAAUGGAUUUGAAAGCCACGGUCAUAGCUGGGAUUCCUGUCAGUGUAAAAGAUUGUUUCCGGGAGAGCUUCAAGAAGCAAACGCAGAGACUCAUGGAGCCCAUCUUCAUGACGGACAUCCAAGUGAAUACUAGGAUUUUGGGUAAAGUUUAUUCGGUGGUGAGCAGGAGACAUGGCAAAGUGUUGGAUGCUGUGGGAAUGGAUGAGGUGGAGAAGACGUUUUUGGUGAAAGCCCAAAUCCCGGUAGCGGAGAGUCACGACUUUGCCAACGAAAUUAGGAAGACGACCUCGGGGCAAGCGAAUCCCAACCUCAGAUUCAGUCAUUACGAGAUCAUAGACGGGGAUCCGUACUUCAACGUUGAUGAGGUUGAAUCUGAUGAAGAGGAUGAGGACAACAGUUACACGGAGGCCAAAAGGGCCAGCAAGCUUCGCAUCGAGAUCAGGAAGAGGAAGGGAUUGAAAGUCGACGACCAGGUUGUUGUACACGCCGAGAAGCAGCGCACCCUCAAUAAGAAGAAGUAGUUUUUCAUGUCAACCAUAACAAACAAUAUAUAUUCUUACAAAUA